AUGGGCGAACAACCGGCUGCAGCCACACGCAUGGCGGAAAUCUCGACCUUGUUUCCAGCAGGUCAAGGGGACUUUCUAGUCACCUCCGCCGACAGGAUGCUCUUCUAUGUACACCAAACAGCGUUGCUGCACGCGUCAGGCAACUUUAAAGCGGCAUUCGAGAAGUCUGCAAGCGAAGCUACCGCUGGAGCCAUUCCUGCCUUGAAGAUGGAGGAAAAUGCGGUAACACUGGAGAUUCUUUUUCAAUAUGUUUACCAGGAUCGGCAAAGUCCAUCUAUUGGUGACGUGCAUAUACUCAACAACGUCUUUCGUGCCGCGAGGAAAUACGAAAUGGAGGGAGUGCUGCAACAAUUGCGAAAGAGUCUCUUGGAGACUCGCCUCCACCAAGGGAGGAUUAUUCAGCCGCUAUACGUGCGAUAUCCUUUCGCUACACUCGCAAUCGCAACUGCUUUCGAUUGCAAAGACGAGGCACGCUUUGCUUUACGCGAGUGCCUGAAAGGUGACCUGGCGAGCCAUAUCAAAGACGCCUCUGGAAUUCAGAUUCCGGCUGAUCUAGUGGUCUAUGUCAUGAGGUUGCGAAGAGAACGAGCGGCGUGGUUCUCCUCAAAGUUGGAUAGCUGGCCAUGGCCAACAGAGGGUUGCCAUAAUUGCUACCGUGGAUAUGCCGAGAUUCGUAUGCAGCUGGAGAAGGAGCUGGCAUUCUCCUUGGACUAUAAAAGCGUGAAGCAAGUCGUCAUAGAUCCCUCGCGAACGUGCUCCAGUCAACACCAUAUCCCUGAAGCAACCCGAGAGCUCAUACAAGCUUGGGAUGCCGAGUGGUUCGAGAUGAAGCAGCCGCUUCCCCUUCUCUAUACGCAAUUGUGA